GUUGCACUGGCGUGAUCACCUUCCCUUUCUUUUUUUUUCUCCUCUUCCCUCUCCCCUACUCAGCAAUUCCCAUUGUCCAUUGCUGCGUAGUUUCACCUCCAGAUUCCCUAUCAGCGACAAUGUCGGCCAACACUCAGAAGCCCCUCCCCUUCCAAUACCAGUUCGCCGCUGGCGCGGUGGCUGGUGUGUCCGAGAUCUUGGUCAUGUACCCAUUGGACGUCGUCAAGACUCGAGUCCAACUGCAAUCCGGCACCCGCGCCGCCGGCGAGGAGUUCUACACGGGUAUGUUCGACUGUCUGCGCAAGAUCAUCAAGAAUGAGGGCGCAUCCCGUCUGUACCGCGGUAUCUCCGCCCCAAUCCUAAUGGAAGCGCCUAAGCGUGCGACCAAAUUCGCCGCAAACGACAGCUGGGGAUCCUUCUACCGGGGUCUCUUCGGCGUAGACAAGCAAACGCAAUCGCUGGCCGUGUUGACCGGCGCAACAGCCGGUGCGACCGAAUCUUUCGUGGUGGUGCCCUUCGAGCUGGUCAAGAUCCGUCUGCAAGACCGCGCGUCCAAGUACAACGGCAUGCUGGACGUGGUCAAGAAGAUCGUGCAAACGGAGGGACCCCUGGCCAUGUACAACGGUCUCGAAUCCACACUCUGGCGACACAUUCUCUGGAACGCCGGAUACUUCGGCUGUAUUUUCCAGGUGCGGGCGCAGUUGCCUAAGGUCGAGCCUGGCAACAAGACGGAGCAGACGCGGAACGAUCUUAUCGCGGGUACGAUUGGUGGUACGGCGGGUACGAUUCUCAACACGCCGAUGGAUGUGGUCAAGUCGCGGAUUCAGAACAGCCCUAAGGUGGCGGGACAGACGCCUAAGUAUAACUGGGCUUGGCCAGCUGUGGGGACUGUCAUGAAGGAGGAGGGAUUCGGGGCGUUGUACAAGGGUUUCAUUCCUAAGGUGCUGCGGUUGGGUCCUGGUGGUGGUAUUUUGCUGGUGGUGUUUACGGGAGUGAUGGAUUUCUUCCGCACGAUGAGGGGUGAGAAUGCCUGAUUGAGUGCAUUUCUUCGGUUUCUUUGUCUGUUCUUCUUUUGCUUGCAAAUAGAGAAAGACCUAGCUUUUUUUGGUUAGAUGGGUGUGUAAAAGAGUUUAUAUAUGUUCUUUAUGUCAA